GGGUGAGUUUAUCUCCAUCCUCAGCGGACACUGACGUGCUUCUCUAGCAGCAUAACAAAGUCUCCCUUUCUCUCUCCCCUCCUCCUCUCUUUCUCUCCCUGUCCAUUCCAAUCUUUCCCGUCCCCUCUCAUCGCUGUCUCUCCUCUCUCUGCACUGAUGCUCCCGCACCUGCUUCUCCCCACUGCCCAUCAGACACCGAGUUAAGCCGCAUUCAUCCCGGGAAUGAUGUCCCUUUCUCUCAGACACUACGGGAGUAGCGGCCGGUGGAUAUCUGCGAAGAGCUAUUUCUGGUUUAUCGAAAAGGUUGUGGGUUGAAGGCAUGUGAAGACUGCGUUUGGGAUUAAAUGUUGUUUUUUGAGGGGUUCGUUUCGUCGCUCUCAUUCGAGGGAUGUGAGGCACUUCUCCACUUUCAUCUGGGAGGAGACUCAUCAGCAAACAGUCCCUACGGGACGCGGACGUGACUAUGUUUUCAUAACCCUAAACGGGAUGAAUGUUGAUAUUUAUUUGUUUAUUGGAGAUAAACAAAGUCUUAAUUUCUAAAAAUGGGUCUUAUGUGGUCUAUUAAAAUAGCUUUGGAGAGUGCAAAUUGUUGUUGCACGAUCGUGGUGGGAUGCUUGGAUGUGAUGGAGUGAGUGAGAUAGAGUGAGUGCACCGUCCGUUUAUCACCUAACUUCGGCAAAAUGAAAUCGCUCUUCUACAGCCGCUUCUUCAUUCUCCUGCCCUGGGUCCUCAUCGUCAUCAUCAUGAUUGAUAUUGACACCAAGAGGACACCCGUGCGAAGUCCAGUCCUGGGCCGCGCCUGGGGCGCACAGCGGCAUGACAGAACCAGACUUCCUCGGGCCAAUCGCUCCGCUCUCCCAGUAAUCUACGCCAUCACUCCGACCUACAAUCGGCCAGUCCAGAAAGCUGAACUUACCCGGCUCGCUAACACCUUCUGCCAGGUUCCUCGCUUCCACUGGAUCGUAGUGGAGGACUCGAGCGUGCGCACAGAGCUGGUGGCGCGCUUUCUCUCCCACUCUGGGAUGCCAUACACACACUUGAACAUCUUUACACCCCGCCGGUUCAAACGGACCGGGAUGCCUCGUGCUACUGAGCAGAGGAACACGGCUCUAUCGUGGCUACGGUCACAUCGCUCUCGGAAGGACGUGGGGGUAGUAUUCUUCGCAGAUGAUGACAACACAUACAGUCUGGAACUGUUUGAAGAGAUGCGUUCAACACGGGGUGUGUCAGUGUGGCCAGUUGGGCUGGUCAGUGGGCGGCGGUACGAGCGUCCCAUAGUGGAGAAGGGCAAAGUGGUGGGCUGGUACACUGGCUGGAGGCCCGACCGUCCCUUCGCUAUCGACAUGGCAGGUUUUGCAGUAAACCUCCAGGUGGUUCUGGGGAGCCCGCGGGCGCUGUUUAAGCGCAGGGGUUCCCAGCCCGGCAUGCAAGAGUCUGACUUCCUGAAGCAGAUCACGAAGGUGGGAGACCUGGAGCCGAAAGCCAACAACUGCACAAGGGUGUUGGUGUGGCACACUCGUACAGAGAAGGUGAAUCUGGGCAACGAACCCAAACAUCGACAGGACAGUAUGGUCAUCGAGGUCUAAGGGGCGGGAUAACCAGAGAGGAAUUAACAAGCCCAUUGGUCGGACAGACUGCCAGUAAUUUAUGGAACUACACUACCGAUAGCACCUUGCCUGACCAUAACCUUGACUACACUACGAUGGACACUUUAGACCAAUUGCAUGGAUGGGAACUGCUGCCUGAAUGUUGUGAUUGACUCAAUGAGGUCCCCGAUUAAUUUGUAACUCAAAGUGGACCAAAAUGCACUGGGUGACCUGUGCGUUCCCAGUGGACUCUGCUCUUGUACUGCAAUAAGUGGACCAGUCCCUUAUGAGGGGACUUCCUCUGAAGUAUGUGGGCUAAACCUGUCUGUCUGUGUUUCUGUGUGUGUGUGUGUCUGUCUGUCGAUCUGUGCCUGAUCAUUGAGUAUGUAAGUUCAGUUUGUAUGAAACGGAACAAGAUUUGUGUUCAGUAUGUGUGUUUAUCUGUAAAAGGAAGUGCGAAGUAGAUCACUUGCUGGGUGCCGAUGAACGGUGGACAUUCAACAUGUUGAAUAAUUGGGAAAUGACCAGAAAAUGUGAUCUGAUGUUCUAUGGUCAACAGUGACAGGACAGCCACCAGUUGUGUACUGCCGACGUUAAUGUUGGUCUUCUUGGCCUCAAGUGUCUGUGGGUCUGACACACUGGACUACCAAGAAUAAACUCCAGGAGUACAACUUCUAUUCCAAAUGAACCCUCUUGUAAAAGAAGGAAAAAAGAAAAGAAAAGAACCAAAAGAUAAACUACAACUUUACAAUAAAAGAGUCAUUGGACAAAAAUGGUCACACAGUUCAGGGCUAUUCACGGUUUAAUGCACGGAAACUAGUUCUCUGUACUAGGCACCAGAAAAUGUAAACACCAUUAGAAAUAAACCUGGAGUACGCACUGUGUGUAUGUGUGUGUUCUCAUGAGCGUA